GGCCCAGCAGGGUUAGAGGAUAAAACCUGAAGGAGCACGACUUCUCUUCACCUUCAUCACCAUGGCCUUUCUCUGGAUCGUCUCGUGCUUCGCCUUCAUCAGCGCCGCCUAUGGCUGCGGAACCCCCGCCAUCGCCCCCCAGGUGUCUGGCUACGCCCGCAUCGUUAACGGUGAGGAGGCGGUGCCUCACUCCUGGCCCUGGCAGGUGUCCCUGCAGCAAUCCAGCGGUUUCCACUUCUGUGGAGGAUCUCUGAUCAACGAGAACUGGGUGGUGACCGCCGCUCACUGUAACGUCAGGACCUACCACCGUGUGGUCGCUGGAGAACAUAACAGGGGAUACGGCUCCAAUGAGGACGUCCAGAAGCUGAAGCCCGCCCAGGUGUUCACCCACCCCCGCUGGAACCCCCAGACCAUCAACAAUGACAUCGCCCUCAUCAAGCUGUCCAGCCCCGUCACUCUGAGCACCAACGUGUCCCCCGUCUGCCUGGCCGGCUCCGCUGAUGUCUUCUCCCCUGGCAUGUCCUGCGUCACCUCCGGCUGGGGUCUGACCCGCUACAACGCUGCCAGCACUCCCAACUUGCUCCAGCAGGCGGCGCUUCCCCUUUUGUCCAACGACCAGUGCAAGAACCACUGGGGCAGCAGCAUCUCCGACGUCAUGAUCUGUGCUGGAGGAGCUGGAGCCACUUCCUGCAUGGGCGACUCCGGCGGUCCUCUGGUGUGUCAGAAGGACAACGCCUGGUCUCUGGUCGGUAUUGUGUCCUGGGGAAGCAGCCGUUGCUCCACCUCCACUCCCGCCGUCUACGCUCGCGUCACCGAGCUCCGCAGCUGGGUCGACCAGAUCCUGGCCGCUAACUAAACACUCAGGAGCUGAGCCGCCACCUUGUGGGGAGACAGGGGAACCCUGAGACCCCGGACCUCGGCCCCACGUCAGAGUGGGGUUUCUGAAGGAUAAUAAAAACAAUGAACCUCAA